AUGUUGAUGGCUAACGAUCAAAUAGACUCUAUAAUUUUAACAAGCAACGAUUCUAACUGUGAUUUAAAAAUUGAACGUAUAGAAGAUAAAAUGUUUAUUAGAUAUGUUAUACUUUCAAAUUUUGAUAAUUUAAUUAUAGAAUUUAUAAAAGAGCAAGAUCUGGACAAAUAA